GCCCCUAAAUUGAAUGCAAAAAUAAAAAUACAUAAACCAGAUGCACCAAUAAGGCCAAUAAUAAAUAAUACCAAUGCCCCCACACACAAACUAGCUAAACAUAUGCACCAACAACUACAAACUUUAUUAAACUUAAAAUAUGAAUAUAACAUCACUAACACCUUAAACUUCGCAAACAACAUCAGCAAACUAAAACUAAACCCAGAACACAAACUUCUCACGAUGGAUAUUAAAGAUCUAUAUGUAAACAUUCCAAUAAACGACGUAAUACACAUCACCAACGAUUCACUUAUCCAAAAUCAUAUAGACAAAACCACCAAAGACGAAAUUAUCACAAUCCUCCAAAUGAUAUUGAAUCAAAAUUAUUUCCAAUACAAUGAUAAAUUUUAUAAACCAAACUCGGGUGUAGCCAUGGGCUCCCCUUUAUCAAGUUUAAUGGCGGAAGUAUUCCUACAACACUUCGAACAAAGAAAGGUAAAACUUUUACUAGAAGAUAAACGCAUCAUCUACUACAACAGAUACGUAGAUGAUAUAAUUAUGAUUUAUAACCGAUCAAAAAUAACACCCCAAUACAUUUUAGAUCAAUUCAACAAGCAAAAUAAUAACUUGCAAUUCACACUAAAUGAAGAAGAUAAUAAUCAAAUAACGUACCUAGACUUACAACUAACUAACAACCACGGGCAAGUAAGAAUGGAGAUAUUUAGAAAACCCACAUCGACAGACACAACGAUAAACAAUAAAUCCUGCCAUCCCAAAGAACAAAAAUUGGCAGCAUACAAAAACUGGAUACAUAGAUUAUCCAUCCUACCUAUGGAUAACGCAGCAAAAAAUAAAGAAUUAAACAUAAUUAUUAAUAUCGCGGAAAACAAUGGUUACAAUAAAGAACUCAUCACACGUAUGUAUCAUAAACGUCAACAACAAAAAACAAAGGGCCCCAUUGAAAGAAGAGAACAGAAAUGGGUUUCCUACACAUAUAACGGAAACUACACAAGAAAAAUUACGAAACUAUUCAAAAACACGAACGUAAGGAUAGCUUUUAAAGUAAAUCAUACAUUAGGUAAAAUACUAAACCAAAAACAAAGCAUAAAUUCUUACGAACAAAGCGGCAUAUACAAAUUGACAUGCCAGGAGUGCCAACAGGUGUAUAUAGGUCAAACAGGCAGAAAAUUGAUAACACGCUAUAAUGAACAUAUAAGAAGUAUAAGAUUCAAUAAAAAUGACUCAGCUUAUGCUCAACACAUCUUAAAUAGACAACAUCAAUACGGCCCAAUUUCGCAAAUCAUGGAACUGAUUGAAGUGGCAAGGAAAGGUAAAUUAAUGAAUAUAAAGGAAGAAUAUCAAAUUUACCGCCACUAUAGGGAAAACAAAUUAAUAGAUGAGCAGAAACAGGCAAAAGAGAUCAAUAACCAGAACAGCAUGUUCGACCUCAUUACUACUUGUAUAAACACACCCACCACCACGUCAUAACACACAAGGCCUUAAAUAACACUGACGUAGAUCACCCACUGCAGUACACAACACACAACGCGUAAGACACAUCCGACCAAAAGCAUACACAACCUCAAGUUGACGAUUCCCAUCACCGGGACGAAUCAACAAGAAGGAGCCAAAUUUUAUUUCAAAUGUUUUAAGCUUUUAAAUAUUUUAACAUUGACGGCUCAAUUUGAGAGCAUUCUUUGGAUGGAAUGCAAGAGG